AAUAGAUUUAAAUUGAAAGAUUAUUAUCCAAAAUAAACACAUGGCUGAUGAGUACCUUCCAAAAUCCAACUGGAUAUAUAAGUUUGCCUAGAACAUCAUCAGGAGUAGCUGCUAUUAUAUCUGGUUUACAACCAUAAAUAUUAAGACGCUGCAUAGCGGCAUGUGUGACCUGAUCCUUUGUUUGACUACUUAACAUUAGAGCUAUCAAUGAUUGAUAUCUGGAUACCGAUGGACUGGCAUUAGGAUCUGCACAUUUGUGACAACCCAUAUCGUCAACCGGGGCUGUCUUAUGCUUCCUCAUUUCUUUGACAUUUUUCAAAAUAAUCUCCCAAUUCGGUGGCAUCCAUCGAUUCUCAUCCUUGAUGUUAUUCAAAUCCACCGACUGUUCUGCAUUCUCAUUUUUAAUUUCGCAUUCUUCGGUUUUGACAGUUUUCAGCAUCGAUGAUUCUUUGACAUUUUCGCUCUUUACUUCGACAGCUGGUGCUGCAGGAGUACUUUUAACAUUUGUCUUAUCCUCUUCAGCAUCGUACUCGAUCUUGAUCGGCAAACGUUUCUUCGUACCGGUUUUUGAUUUCCUCUCAUCAUCGAAGUAAGGUGAUGUUUUUUCUGAGGAGUCUGCGAGAGUUUUUCCCGAACGUAAGGCUCUCGAGGUCGAGAUGACACCCAGUUUCAAUCUUUUACUCAUUUUAUCGGGUUUGACAUAUCAUUAUCAAUAUUGAUGUUAAACAAAAUUAACUUUUUUCGCGCGAUAGAUAGACGCAUGUGAUCAGUUUCUUCCGAGAAACAUGAGUUAAAGCUUGCACGUGCGCACGCGCUAAUCUUGCAAAGUCCAUCUUUUUUAUAACCUCAUCUAAAGUUCAUCAGAAGCUUUGUGGUAAAUUGUGUUACAUAGCUUCGAGCAUCUUCGCAAAAAUAAGGGAAAAAGGAAAAUUACGAAAUACGUAUGUAUAUGAUUUUGGAUAGAGUGAAAUAAGUGAUGAUUUGUGUAUCAAGUGACAAGAUGUCAUCACGACGUAUUGUUGUUGUUUUGUUACAUGUGUAAUUAAAGUGCAUAAAAUUCCUUUAAUCAUGAGCGCGCAGAAUCAAUUACCAAAUCUCGACAAGAUCUUUCGAGACGAUGACGAGCCUGACUUUGUACCUUCAGGAGGAUCUAAUCUGGCUGCCAUUUUUGGGCUACAAUCAAAACUUGGAGAUUCUCAGUCUACUAAACAAACAGCUCCUAAAAAGAAUAAUACUCGAUAUAAUAUACAACAAACUGCACCGUCUUCUAAGACAGAAAUCCUAAUAGCUAAAGCUGUACAUGCUUUCAAAUUGCAAAAUGGUCAAUAUGUUUCUAUUGGAAAGCUCGGUUUAGCAUUGACAGGCAAUGUAACAACGAGAUUAUAUCAGAUAAUUGUAUACAGGAGUAAACAAGAAUAUGUAUCUGUUGCCACAGUGACACGCGACUUUUUGUAUACUGUACAAGCAAACAAUUAUGCCAGUUAUUAUGAUAAUAACAAUGAGAAUUGGUCUAUUUUAUUCGAGAAUAAUGAGAGCUAUCUAGAGUUUGCAAUAGAAAUGGGAUUAGCACGUUAUUUUGCAGUACAAGAGAAAGGAGAAAGUGUGAUUUACCAAGAUUUAGUACCAGCAAGCAAUAAAGAUACAAUUGCAAAAGAAGGAGACAAUAUAUGCAUCAAAUAUUUUGUGGAAACUGAGAUAGUACAACCUUUUAAGACAAAUUUUGUAAUGUCGCAAAUGAUGACUGUAGAAAUAUCAACAGAUGACAAUUGGGAGAGAGUUCUUCUGGGUAGUAGCAAAGGUUUGAAAAGAGUUUUGUUCUUACCUCCUAGCAAACAGAUUAGUUUAGGUCCUGGAUUUCCAAAAGAGAGAGAUAUUAUUCUGAUAAUAGAAAUAAACGAUAUCAAAGUACCAGAAGAAAAUCUGCCUACACCUAAAAUUUCGACAAGUGGAAAAGCUGCCAUAAUAUCAAGGAUGGCUAAAAUGGGUCAGUCUAUUUUACCAAAAAUGACUCUACCUUCCACUACUGAUUCUGAAGAUACUGAGGAUGACGUACCUCAUAAAUCUCCUCGCCAGAAAAGGAUCGAGCAAUCAGAAGGAAUUUUACAAAAGAAAAAUGUGCAUGAGUCAUCAGAAGAAGACAAAGCCAUUGAUAAAGUUGUGGAGCCAAGAACUGAACCUGUGCCUUCUGUAAACUUUAAUACUUACAAGCCAACAGUUGCAUCUCCAUUAACACCACAAUGGACUUCUCCAUUUCUUCCUGGUCAUUAUAUAACGAUGGACAAUCAGAUGUAUCCGAUAUCACAAACUGUAAAUCGUACAAUACCAACUCCUAUAGAUCCUGGAAUUAAUAUGUUGCUAUCAGAGACAAGGAUAACAAAUGCGGAAAUACGAAUGGGGAUGUCCAAGAUAUCUGACAAUGUUCAGAAAUUAUUAGAUAAGUUCCAUGCACUUGAGCUUCAAAAUGCAACAACUCCUACAAGUGAUAAAGCAACUUUGGAUAUCUCUAGGAAAAUGUUUUUAACUCUUAAUGCAUCUCAAGCAGGUGUAAAGGAAAAUGAAUCAUCACAGAGUACUGAUAAAAAUAUGUUAAAUGAAAUAAUUUGGGAAGCAGUACAGAGCAAAAUAAGUGCUUUGGAAGAUCAUUUAAAAAAAACAAAAGAGGAAAAUGAAUCUUUGUUUAAAAUUAAUGAGAAUAUGAUCAGAACAUUGCAAAAAUAUGAAACGAAACUAAGCAAUACAAAGGACGAGUUGAAAAAAAGCAAGGAAGCCUUAGAAGAAGCUCAAAAUACAAUUAAACAAUGUAAAGAAAAAAAUGCUAGUUUAGAAAAUAGGCUUUCUAAUAAAGAGCAUUUUUGCCAAUCUGAUGCACAUCUGAUGACAUCUUUGAGACAACAAGAUAAAAAGAACAAAGAAAUUAAGCAAAUAAUGAACAAAACGUAUCAUACAUUAUCAGAAAGAUUCGCGGAUGAAUCAUGUUCUGAACUAUCCUUUGAUUAUGUAAAGGCAACUAUUGCAAGCACAAUAAAGCACAUUACUUUAGAAGUAUUAUAUGAAGACUCUGAUGAAGAAGAUGUAGAAUCUAAGAUAAAUAAGACUAUAGAUUCUGCAGUCAAAACUAUUAAUCAACAACAAACUGAUUGUGAGAGAGUAUUAAACGCACCUAGUGAUAAUGAUCUCACGGUAAAACGAACCGAAACUUCAAGAUCUACGAUCAUGCCUGUAUUUGAAAACGAACCACCACCUGUUCCACUAGAUGGCAUCGAUGAAGUUGAUAGUGACUGAUUGGUUUUUAAUGUUGAUUUUUUAAUUUGUUAUUAUUUCAUGCUCCAAAAAAAUAUUAUAUAUAUAUGGAGGCCAGCUAAGCAUUUUUACCCAAAGAAUAGAUCUUGUUUAGGAAAUACA